UCCCCUGAAUUUAGCCGGCUAAGCGAAAAUCCUGCUUCGUAGUAUACCCCCCGGGAUAUCUUAAUACAAACAGACUCAGGUUAAACAUUUCAACUUCACCAUUUCCUGAGAUGUCCGUUUAGCUGAAGUAUGACUCGUCGAGUGGCAGUGAUUGGAGGAGGGAGUUCAGGUCUGGCCUGUAUCAAGAGCUGUCUGGAUGAGGGGCUGGAGCCUGUCUGCUAUGAAAGCAGCGAUGACAUUGGUGGUCUGUGGAAAUUUAAGGAGAACCCAGAGCCAGACAGGGCCAGCAUCUACCACUCUGUCAUCAUCAACACCUCCAAGGAGAUGAUGUGUUUCAGUGACUUCCCCAUCCCUGCACACUUCCCCAACUACAUGCACAACUCCCUCAUCAUGGACUACUUUCGGAUGUUUGCUGACCACUUCCAUCUCACCAAGCACAUACGCUUCAAUACCAAAGUAUUGCAGGUGAGGCAGAGAUCUGAUUUCUCUCAUUCAGGCCAGUGGGAUGUUGAGACGGAGAACAAGGAUGGCAAAAUGGAGAAACACAUUUUUGAUGCUGUGAUGAUCUGUAUUGGACAUCACUGCCACCCCAACUUGCCGCUACAUGACUUCCCAGGGAUUGACACUUUCAAGGGAACGUAUUUCCACAGCAGAGACUACAAGACCCCUGAGGAGUGGAGGAAUAAAAAGGCUGUAGUUAUUGGAAUAGGAAACUCUGGAGGAGACAUCGCCGUGGAACUUAGCAGAGUCGCCAAGCAGGUAUAUCUGAGCACUCGGAGGGGAGCUUGGAUUGCAAAUCGAGUUGCAGACAAUGGUCUUCCCCGUGAUAUGCUGUACAGCAGAAUGACAAAUGUUUUGCGCCGAAUGCUUCCCUUUGGAUUAACCUGCAGCAUGGCUGAGAGGAAACUUGACAACAGAUUUGAUCACAGUUUGUACAAUUUGAAGCCAAAGCACAGGUUGUUCAGCCAACAUCCCACAGCGAAUGAUGAGCUUCCCAACCGCAUCCUUUCUGGAACAGUUCAGGUGAAAUCCAACAUCCGUAGGUUUCAGGGGUCCAGUGUGGAGUUUGAGAAGGGAAGUGUUGUGGAAGAUGUCGACUUGGUGGUGUUUGCCACAGGUUACAGGUUUUCCUUUCCAUUCCUGGCCUCCCAUGUGACCUCAGUUUCUGGGAACAAAGCAUCUCUGUACAAGUAUGUGUUUCCUCCUGAGUUGGAACGCCCCACUCUGGCUAUCAUUGGUCUAGUGCAGCCACUGGGAGCCAUUAUGCCCAUAUCUGAGAUGCAGGCCAGAUGGGCCACGCGUGUCUUUAAAGGCUGCACCAAGCUUCCCCCAGUGGCUUCCAUGCUGAAAGAUGUCCAGUGCAAGCAGGAAACAAUGGCUAAAAGGUAUGUCCCCAGUCAGAGACACACUAUCCAGGUCGACUAUCUCAACUACAUGGAUGAGAUCGCAGGACUGUUGGGGGUUCGACCCAACAUCCCCAGGCUGCUGCUGACUGAUCCCAGGCUGGGAUUGAAGGUGCUGUUCGGACCCGGUACUCCGUACCAGUAUCGUCUCAAAGGGCCAGGGAAAUGGGCUGGAGCCCGUCAGGCCAUCUUCACUCAGUGGGAGAGGGUGGCUCAACCCAUGCAGACCAGGCCCUGUGAUGAUCCCAAAACCAAGAGAUCCUUCAUGUGGCCUCUGAUUCUGUCUGCUGCUGUGGUGGGCUGGGCUGCCUACGUCAACAGGAACAACCUUCCAACUGCUCUGUUGGACAAGAUAAUAGUUUACCUGCCUGCACAGGAUUGAAUAUAGAGUGAAAACUUUAUACCAUUCUGAUUUGCCGGUAUGGUUAAUAUCAGCAUAGAAAAUAAUAAAUGUAUGACAGCUCAUUAAUCUUAAUAAGGUAAUGCGUAAUAUUUCUGUCAUUUCAGUGUAACAUCAGGCAGAAGAGAAAAUAGUCAACGAGCAGCACAUUUAAUUUGCACUCCAACACACUUUUGCAAAUAUGACCUUGCACAGUUUCCCCUAGGUUUACAUCACUCUAUCUCCAGGCUGGAUCGUGAAGUAGGCCUACAUUGGUCAAUGAUGCCACCUAAUGGCAGUUUCAAAUCCCAGCUAAUGCUUGGCUUGGAGAGAAAAAUACACAUAAGCAAAGUCCUUCCUUUGUGUGUCAAUCAUAUACUGUAUAUAUAAAUGUGUCAAUAGAUAUACUGGGAUCUCAAUGCAUAUGAGAGGGUUUAUUUGUACUAAUCAAUGAUAGAUAGAUAGAUAGAUAGAUAGAUAGAUAGAUAGAUAGAUAGAUAGAUAGAUCUAUCAGAUCAGUGUUCAACGAAACCGCCAGUGGUUAACAACCGGUGGACCCCGGAAGGAGAAUCGUCGACGCGUGACUCGUUAAGAUCGAGGUUGCCAGGUUUGACAUUUCCAAUGAUAUGACCACCGUACAUUUCACAGAAUAUUCAUACACAGUCAUUGUAUCUGUUUGGUUAUGACUUGUUGACGUUACAACUUCUUUAUCACCAUAAACACAACAAUUACAGAAACGCAGACGUCGGUUAAAAACAUCUGGGAACUUAAAAAAAACCCAAAGCAGGUCUACAUUUACUAAUUAUAAUUGUGUAAAUAAAAUGAAAAGACAAAUUAUAUUUGCCAGCUAUUUGUAUCUCCUGUCGUAAUGUAGCUAUAUCUACAUAUUAUUGAAAUGCUAU